UUCCUCAUCGUUUCUCCCAAUUUAAUUCACCGAUCCUUUGAUAAGUGUUAGGGUUGUGAUCUCAGAAUUUCCACAAUGGCUGCUAGUCUCACCGGUGGGGCAAUAAUGACGAUGUGUAGAGACGAUUUCUCUUGCGAGGACCUGAAGCCUGUGCUUCAAGUGAUUGACUUGAAGCUGGUUCAGUCGCAGCAGCAUAACAGCACGGAGAGGUAUAGGCUUGUUCUUUCAGAUGGUUCCCAUUACCAGCAAGGGAUGCUUGCUACUCAGAAGAACGAGUUGGUCCAUGCUGGACGAUUGCAGAAGGGCUCUGUUGUUAAGUUGAAUCAGUUUAUCUGUAAUGUUGUCCAGAGCCGCAAGAUCAUCAUCAUUAUCGAGCUGGAUAUGGUAGUUGACAGAUGUGAUCUGAUUGGAGAACCUGUUGCCGCACCAAGAGCUGUACCUACUUCAUCUUCCUCUGAUCAGUCUGGAGUUACCACAGGGAACCCCCAGUCUUUAACCAGUAAUUCACCUGCAGGUGGCAAGAUUGCUCCACCAAAUGUGAUUGGGCCAUCUCUAGAUCAUUCACAAAUGAAUCUCACUACCAGUGGUGCAAGAUAUGGUACUGCAAAUGUCCCUCCUCGAUUGCCUAAAGUAGAGCCUGGAGCUACCCCUAUUUUACCUAAUUCAGGGCCACUCAAUGGCUCCUACAGUGAACAGAACAUGGGAUUUCGCAAUCCUCGACCAGAAACUCCAAGACCCCCGCAAAAUGCAUAUAUUCGUCCACCACAGCCUAUGCAUAGACAGCCUUCUCCAAUUUACAAUAACAGGGGACAAAUGGCCAGAAAUGAAGCUUUACCAAGGAUAAUUCCAAUAGCUGCAUUGAGUCCAUACCAUAGCAUGUGGACAAUUAAGGCUAGAGUUACAGCAAAGGCAGGCCUCAGGCAGUACAACAAUGCCAGAGGUGAUGGCAAGGUAUUUUCUUUUGAUCUUCUUGAUUCUGAUGGUGGAGAAAUUCGUGCAACUUGCUUUAAUGCAGUGGCUGAACAGUUCUAUCAACAAAUUGAAAUUGGCAAAGUAUAUCUCAUUUCGAGGGGGAGUAUAAAGCCUGCUCAAAAAAAUUUUAAUCACCUUCCUAAUGAUCUAGAAUUGACCAUUGAUAUUACAUCCAUCAUACAGCCAUGCAAUGAUGACGAGUCAAUUCCAAUGCGUCUUUUUAAUUUUCGUCCUAUUAGUGAUGUUGAAAGCAUGGAAAAUUCAAGUGUUGUGGAUGUGAUUGGUGUGGUUUAUUCUGUUAGUCCCACCACUUCAAUCAUGAGAAAGAAUGGCAGUGAAACUCAGAAGAGAGCCCUCCAGUUGAAGGACAUGUCUGGUUGUAGUGUUGAGUUAACCCUUUGGGGAGAGUUUUGUAAUGCAGAAGGACAACGGUUGCAGAAUACUUGUGACUCAGGUGCAUUUCCAGUUUUGGCUGUGAAAGCUGUCAGGGUAAAUGAAUUCAAUGGGAAGGCCCUUGGGACCAUAGCCAAUAGUCAGCUAUUUAUAGAGCCUGAUUUUCCCGAGGCUUACAGGUUGAAAGAAUGGUUUGACAAGGAAGGGAGGAAUGUUCCAGCUAUUUCUAUUUCCAGAGAAUCAUUCAAUGCUGGUAAGACUGAUAUGAGGAAGACUAUAUCUCAAAUCAAAGAUGAGAAGUUGGGGACUUCAGAGAAGCCUGAUUGGAUUAGCAUCUGUGCAAGCAUUUCAUUCGUUAAGGCUGAUUCUUUCUGCUAUCCAGCCUGUCCCAUCAUGAUAGGGGAUCGGAAAUGUAGCAAGAAAGUGUCCAAUAAUGGAGAUGGAAAAUGGCGGUGUGAUAGAUGUGACCAGAAUGUUGAUGCAUGUGAAUAUAGGUAUAUACUGCAACUCCAAAUACAGGAUCACACUGGGCUAACAUGGGUUACUGCAUUUCAGGAGUGUGGUGAGGAGAUAAUGGGCUUACCUGCCAAAGAUCUUUAUUAUAUGAAAUAUGAAGAGCAGGACGAUGAAAGGUUUGCUCAAAUCAUCCGUAAGGUUCUUUUUACUAAAUACAUAUUCAAGUUAAAAGUUAAGGAAGAGACAUUCGGUGAUGAACAGCUUGUAAAGUCAACGGUAGUGAAAGCAGAGAAGGUGAACUUUUCAUCUGAAUCAAGAUUUCUUUUGGAUUUGAUUGACAAGCUUAAAGCUGAGAAGGUAGAAGGCAUCAAUCCUAACUCUGUAAUCAGUAAUGCUGGACCGCAGAAUGUUGGAUCUGGCCUGGCUGUGCCGCCAACUUAUACUCCUAUAAGGAACAGCAGUGGUGCGAGUAGGGAAUAUGGGAUGCCAGAAAAUCAAGUGGGUCAGUAUGAACACCAAUAUAGGAGUUCUUUUGCUUCAGGUGGGUCUUCUGGUUCAUUUAUGCCUUGCAGCAAUUGUGGAGGCUCUGGCCAUAGCUCUAUGUUUUGCCCAAACAUUACUAGUGUACCUCGACAGUCCACGGGAGGAGGGGCCUUUACAAAUAGGGCAUCCUCAGCGGCAGGUGGUGGAAUUGCCACUGGUGAAUGCUUUAAAUGUCAUCAAACUGGUCACUGGGCAAGAGACUGUCCUGGUCUCAAUGCGGCAGCCCCUUCAGGUUAUGGAAAUAGUAGUGUUCAUGGAGGACAUGGGUUUGUUCAAAGGCAACAGCUUGGCGGAUUUUGAACUGCUAUUGGAAAUGAGAGAUGCUCUUGUAACAUCAUGUUGGAUUCUGUCAUUGAUUCGUUGACGGGUUCUUUGGGGAUGGGUGAUCUGUACAGCUCAGUUUUGAGAACCUACUUUCAUGGCGUUAUGCUUCAGAACUUAGGGAUUCCGCUUUCCACAAGAUGCUGUUGAACAGUGAGCGGCUUGCUUUGUUUGGGGUCUUUUGUAUAGUUAGUUUAUGAAGCAUUGGUUGGCAUCUUUAUAUCGAGUUGGAUUUUGUUACGCAUGUAACUUCAAGCUUGAGUCAUGCGCUCGGAGAGAAAUUUCUGUGAGCAUGUUACAAGCCUCCCUAUGACAAUUUUGUAAUAUAUCUAGCAGGUUUAUGUUCAUUAACUUAACAACUCCCAACAAAA